ACGAAGAACAAAUAACUCCCUUAAGCUAUACAUAUCCGUGUAGUUCUAGAAGUGUUGAGAUCUAUUCGCUUUCUAAUUUUUUAGAUCAGUAUUAUUAGUAAUUAUUGUCAAGGCAUUUGCACCACCCUAUGGUCAGUGAGUGCAUCAGUGAGUACAGAGCAGGCAGCCGAUAUAGACAGAGUGGAGAACUCUGUCAGAAAAAGAGAACAGGAUACAGACAGAGGACAACAGGAUGCAGGAUGAGUGGAGCGUGGGGCUGGCAGAGGACAGUGGGAGGCAGACCUCACAACCCCCUGCUGGGCCUACACAGCGGCUCUGUCGCUUCUUCUCCCAGGGUCGCCAUUGCCAGUAUGGGAAGAGGUGUCGCUUCCUUCACCAGAGGACUGUUCCCUCAGCGGCACUGAUGGGGCUUGAGAAUAGGCCAGAGUCUGGGCCUGGGCACGUAAAUAAGGAAAGCCAUGCAGACACGUGUUCUUCAGACCCCCAGCUGCAGUCAGUGAUGUGUGGUGGUUCUGGGAAGGAGGAUUACCUGCGCCUUCCACCUCCGAGGGCCACUCCAAAUAGGCAGGUGCGAGUCCAGAGGCCCUGCCGCUACUUCAUGUCGGGGUUCUGUGCCAUGGAGGAGCGCUGCCGCUUCAGGCAUCCACAGUUUUCUUUAGUGGAGGAUGGGCCGCCCCCGAAACCCAGGGAGGGGAGCAGUCCUGGGGCUAGACCGUCGGUCAGCCGUCCGCCUGCGGUUCCAGAUCAGGUCAGGCUGGCUGAUUUAACCGCAGAGACGUCCAAAACUCUCAGGGAUAUGGAGAUCACCCAGCUGAUGAAGAGAUUCCCCAGCGACAAACUCAUAGUGCAGGAGAGAGAAGAUGGCCAGCUAACCUACUACCGAGUCACUGUAGAAGCCACUGAUCCAGACUGGCCAUUUGACCUAAAAGAAAUCGACAUCAUGGUCAGCUUCCCUGACGGGUACCCUCAGGAGGUGUUUACAAUAGAUGUUCCUGAGGACCAAAACUUGCCUUCAGUAAUGGGGAGACACGUGCAGCUGGCGUCACAGGAUUGGCUGCAGGCCAAGCAUGCGACCAAUCAGCUGUUGGGGAGGCUGGAGCUGCUGUUCCGGCCGUAUCUACGUUGGCUCGACCGCAGCAUGGAGAGGCUCUUCACUGAGGGAGCUCGACAGUUGAAAACGGACAUUGACCUGGAGAGAGCCGGCAUACAGUUUGUCCCUUAUGAGCAGCUCCAGGUGGCGCUGUGUAAAACGUCUCUACUUGGGCCUUCAUCUGACCAUCCUGAGGCCUCACUGUCUGGGCUCCCACUGGUAGUGGGCUCAAAAUCAGAGGAGGAGGAGGAAGAAGAAGAAGAUGAGAGCGAGCCGCUCAGACUCUGCAGCAGUGAGGGGGGCAAAAGCUUGUCCGUGGAGAACAUCAAAACCAGUGCACCUCGCCGUGGCACCGAGGUCAAGCUCUUGGGCUUGAGGCUGGGAGAGGGAACAGCUACUGUGGUGGCAAAACUCAUCACUGUUUCCUUGCAGUGCAAUAGGUGUAAGGUGACCUCUGACCUGACCCUGAGCGGACAGCUGACAUGCACGGCCCAGUGUGAGAAGUGUGGAGCAGGAAUCAGAGCUGCGUUCAGACCCAGCAUGCUCCACCACUACAGCAAUGUGCUGGGUUAUCUGGACCUGAACACAGCCGUGCCUGUAGACCUGGUGCUGCAGGACUGCCAGCUGAUCAUCGGCUGCCUCUCUUGCAACCAAGAGGAAACUCUUCAGAGUCUGUCCUAUGGUCAGAACAAGGAAAUAAAUUGCCAGCACUGCCACAGCAAACUCAGCAUCUUUGUGGAAGCCACAUGCUUUCAAUACAUCCAGCCUAAGGCCAGAAAUGAGACAGGACAGCAGGCCUCUUCUCAGUAUAGUCAGCAUAUACGAGAUCCUGCAGUUCAGCGAGGAAAGCCUCUUCCUGAGAAAGGUGCCUGCAAGCACUUCAGACAAAGUCACCGUUGGCUAAGGUUCCCGUGCUGUGGCAGGUCUUACCCUUGUGAUCUGUGCCAUGAUGAGGACCAGGAUCAUCUCAUGGAGCUGGCAACUAGGAUGAUCUGCGGCUACUGUGCUAAAGAGCAGCCAUACAGCAAUGGCAGACCAUGUGUGGGCUGUGGAGGGCUGUUGACUAGAGGAAACCACACUAGCCACUGGGAGGGAGGACUGGGCUGCAGAAACAAGACUCAAAUGAGCAGGAAUGACCGUCAGAAAUAUAACAGCAUAUGUAAAACGGUGUCAAAUAAAGCAAAGAUUGAGAAGAAACAGAAGAAGUAGAAGAAGCAGAAGGGGGGAAAAAAAAUCACAGGAAUCUAAGCUAUCAAAAAAGAUGGAUGAGUGGGAUAUUUUUUUCACAGAUUUUUAAGUGGAAAUGCCAUCAACUGUUCUUUCUCACUAAAUUUUCUAAAUCAUUGUAAAGCCAUCAGCUAAAAUGAAUUGUAUAGCUUACUGUCCCUGUACCUGGUAUUUGUGGUAGGACCUGUAGUCAAAACACAAGUCUAUCCACAUGAGUCGUACUUGCUGAUCUAAGUUUAAGAACAUUAAGUCUUCACAUUGAAAUCUUCAAAUUGAUUAGUAAUGAUCUUUAUUCACCAGACAAGAACGCGUUAGACUGUGGUUGCAAUUUCUGAAGGCAAACACAAAACCAAAGAGUGCAAUACAAUCUUAAUGAUACAAGUUAGAAUAAAAUGAUAGCAUAUGUUCAUACAAUAUUAUUGAUAUCUUGUUACUAAUUAAAAAUUGUCUUCAUAAGUUUGAAAACUGAAUCUUCAUUUCCUUUUUAAUUGAAAUACUGAACACUUUAUUAAUCUUUAGUAAAUAUACUCAUGGCAAACCAAUGCAGGUAAUGUAGGUCACUUCAUAUGAGGGAUGAAACUCUGAUCCUACACAAAAGCAUUUGAUUGACCCUUCUAUACUGUACAAAAAAUGUAAACAUACUUGGUAAUCUGAUAUUCUGUAAAUGUAUGAAUACAAUAAAUCCUAUAAUCUUA